CAAAAAGCCUUCGAUAAAAAGAAAAUGAGCCUCGGAGGUGCAUCGCUCUUCUGUUCGAAUGUAAAUGUGGGUUUUCUGAUCAUUUUCUCCUCAUAGAUCCCUCCGCCAAAAAUUGUAUUCGCUGAGUCUUCACUUCCGGGUCCGCCAUUUUGUUGCCUCCAUUUCUCCACGAGGGGGGGUUAAAGGCCCCCAAAAUAUGCAUAUAUGAAAAGGCCAAAAAGUAACCGUCAGUGACAGGGAGUCUUAACUAGAGAAAGAAACGGGACCAAACUGGCGGGCUCGGUGAAAGCGCGGCCGGCGGCGUCCCGGACGAGGAGCAUUUUCUCGAAUUGUAAAAACUGACAUUAUAGAAGUUCAUACUAUUAAAGUUCAUCCUCUCCUCUUGAACAUACUUAUUCAAAGGGUCUGGACUGGAGCCUGGGAUAUACUCAUUUUGAACAAACUCCCUGGUGGUCUCCUGGACACCCGUGUUUGAGGACAAUGCUCUAUGAUACAGAUGUCUUUGGUGGACUUGGGGAAGAGGUUGCUAGAAGCAGCAAGAAAAGGCCAAGAUGAUGAAGUGAGAACAUUGAUGGCAAAUGGCGCCCCAUUCACCACAGACUGGCUUGGAACAUCACCCCUCCAUCUUGCAGCCCAGUAUGGUCAUUAUUCCACAGCAGAAGUGCUCCUUCGAGCAGGUGUUAGCAGGGAUGCCCGGACCAAAGUGGACAGGACCCCUUUGCACAUGGCUGCAGCUGAUGGACAUGCGCACAUCGUGGAACUGCUUGUUAGGAAUGGUGCAGAUGUGAAUGCCAAGGACAUGCUGAAGAUGACAGCUUUACACUGGGCUGCAGAACACCACCAUCGAGAUGUUGUAGAGCUGCUUAUCAAAUAUGGAGCUGAUGUCCAUGCUUUCAGCAAGUUUGAUAAAUCUGCCUUUGACAUAGCCCUGGAGAAAAAGAAUGCUGAGAUUCUGGUCAUCCUUCAGGAAGCGAUGCAGAAUCAGGUGAAUGCUAAUCUCGAGAGAGCCAACCCCGUGACUGUGGCUGCCCCAUUCAUCUUCACAUCUGGAGAAGUUGUCAACCUCGCUAGCCUGGUUUCUCCAACCAACACCAAAACAACCUCAGGUGACCCCCAUGCCCCCUCAGCACCACCCUUGUCAAAUUCUACCACCUCAGUGCUGGCCACCCUUGCAGCUCUUGCUGAGGCAUCAGCCCCCCUGUCCAACUCCCACAGAACUGCAGCUAAUUCAGAGGAAAUCAUAGAGGGAAAUUCUGUUGACUCAUCAAUCCAGCACGUGGUGGGGAGUGGAGGCCAAAGGGUCAUCACCAUAGUGACUGAUGGAGUCCCUCUGGGUAAUAUCCAAACUGCAAUCCCUACUGGAAGCAUUGGCCAGCCAUUUCUUGUAACUAUGCAAGAUGGACAGCAAGUUCUAACUGUACCUGCUGGUCAGGUUGCAGAGGAAACUGUAAUUGAAGAAGAGGAAGAAGCAGAGAAGUUGCCUCUGACUAAGAAACCAAGAAUAGAAGAGCUGACAAACAGUGUGGAGGAGAGCAAGGAGGGCACUGAAAGAGAGCUACUCCAACAGCAGCUCCAGGAGGCCAAUCGAAGAGCUCAGGAAUACCGACAUCAGCUCCUAAAGAAAGAACAGGAGGCGGAACGGUAUCGCCUCAAGCUAGAGGCCAUGGCCCGACGACAGCCCAAUGGCGUUGAUUUCACCGUGGUUGAAGAGGUGCCAGAGGUAGAUGCCAUAGUAGUUACAGAGGGGGACGUGGAAGUGACUGGGGCAGGAGGGACUGGAGAGCCUCAUCCUGGAGUUUCCUUGGAGACUGUUUCAUCAUAACGUGCAAGGGCCACAACUUGUACUGUGUCCAUCUUUUUCCUCUUUUUAAAAGAAAAUACAAAGGACAGACAUUGUAUAAAAGUUAAGAAUGUCCUUAAGAAGAAAACUAUAGCAGGGUACAGUGCUCGGGCUCAGGAAGGCUUGCUAUGCAGCUGGAAAAUUCAAAGCCAAAUUUAGGGAAUACUUCUUUUGAGGAACCAAAAGAAUAAGGACCAGAUUUCUCAGCUCACAUCAUUGCUUUAUGCUUAGCAGUAAAAGAAUGCUGGAUAUUGUGGGUUAAUU